AUGCAGAGGAGGAACGAUUCUGCGUUGCCAGACGGAUCGGAUGAAAUUCGUGGCGCGAAUUACACCAAUCGGGUGAGCGAUAGCAGUGGUCGCGUAGUGGAGUGGGGCACCCAUGAUGAGGAGUGUCGCCCCGAUGGGGAGGACUACGCUUCUGAGAAUGUGGCCUGCGCCUAUCAAGAUGGAGACUACAUGGAUCGCCCCGAUGAGCCGGCUUUCCCCCCCUUGGAAGAGCUGCAAGAAGGACGAAACACCCUUGGUAAGAAAGAAACCGAAGAAAUGAAACAUUACAUAAAGCACAUAGUUUCCUGCCUCGUGGGAGAGGGAGACACCUACCUAAACAUCGAACUUCUCUUCACUCUGCAUACAUUUCAGCUGAGUUACUUAUUCAAUUUACUGAAGAAAAUCAUAUUAUCGAAGCAUGUUAAUAAUGAAUUCCUCGUGAUGCUAACCUACUGUGCGUAUAAAAUCGAUAACAUGGAAAUAAUCGAAUAUUGCUUCUGGAAGUUAGUCACUAUUUUUGAAAGUGAGGAGUUGCCAGCGUGUUGGAUCGUAGUGGACGAUAAGGCGAAUAGUCAGGUGAAGCAGAAAUACAACGAAAUGAAAGAUAAUUUAAGGGUGAUGAGACAGAGGAUGGGAGAGACGGAGAUGGAUAGACAGAAGCGGAGCUAUGUUUCCCGGGCAAAUCUCCUCCACGGUGGGAAGUACGAUGCGAACUACGAUGCAAACUACCACUGCCACUACUACGAUGGAGUGUUUUAUGCCGCGCUAAACAUUUUCAAAUCGAAUAAUCACUACAACAUGGCUAACAACCUCACGGAGGUAGACAUGAAAAAAGGGAACUUACAUUUUAACAAGAAUUUAAUCGACAAGAAUAUUUUUUCUCCCUUCAUCGAAAAAACGAAAAAAGAAUUUCAUCACUAUAAUGAUAUUCCAAAGGGAUACGUCAUCAAUGAAAUACAGAGGCUGCGAAAUUUUAGCGAUUACUACUCCUGUUGCUACAUUUUAAAAAGCAAUCAGAAGGAAAAAAUGCUGAUGGGAUUUAAAAAGAAAGGAGAAAAUAAAGUAUACCUGUAUAAGUAUGAUAAGAAUAUUAAAAGAAGUUACAAAGAGAGAAAAAAAAACAACCCCUCUUUCAACAUUUCUGGCUUCUUAGGCGUCUUAAUUUGUAAUUUUACAGGCAUGAAAAUUAAAAUAUAUGACAAUGGCAUAACGGAAAAAUAUUCUCAUUUUUUCCCUUCCUUUGAAAGGAGAAAUAGAAUUUCCAUAAGUUUCGAAUCAAAUAUAAUAAGUGAACUUCCCAGACAUUUUAUGUGCACUAUUCACAAGCUUAAUGAAGACGUUAAAAUUAUUUACGAAAAUAAAUGUCCAGUUUGGAAUGACGAGAAGGAGAUCUACGAGUUGCCUUUUUAUGGCAGAGUUAAAUUAGCAAGUGCAAAAAAUUUGCAAUUAAUUUUAAAAAAAUGUGUAAUUUCCAACUCGCGGAAGGGUUCCUUUGUAGGGAAAACCAUAAACGAUGUUAUUGAGUAUGUCAGCAGUGACUCUUUAAAGGACUCCCAAAUGGCUAGCACAUGUGACGGACGAUCAACAGAUGGUCACCCUCCAAAGGGACUUCCAACGUGUGGAAUCCCCUCGCAUUCUCCCUACGAAGGCAGCUGCAGCGGAGAGGGGGACGCAAAAAAACACGUGCUCAGGAAAAAGUUCCCCUUUGAUGUGAUCACAAAUAAUUUUAAAAAAAAAGAAGAUGAAAAAAAAUUUGAAAUUGUGAACAACGAUGAAGAGGAGAUAUUUUUAAUUUUUGGGAAAAACUCAAAGGAUUACUUCACGCUUGAUUUUCGACACCCCUUGUCUUCCUUCGAGGCGUUUUCCAUCGCCAUUUCGUCUUUGCUGAAGAAGAAGGCCGUUUCGUAG